ACCAUCAGUCUAUAAAUAUUUUAUAGAUAUUGAAUGUACGUUACUAUUGUUUUUAAGGUUUUUUUAAAUUUUCAUCUUAAAAAAUAGUUUUAUCAAAGAAUUUAUUGAUUAAUAUCUUAACAUUUUGCUUCCUUUAUAAAUAUACCCAUGGCAACUAGUACAAAUAGUUUGUACAUAAUUUCACACGUUUCACUCAAUUAUUAUCGAAUUUGUAUUUUUUUUUUUAUAUACGAAAAAUAGUAGUGAUAACUCAUGGAGAUUAUUUGUCCUCGUGAACUUAAUUUUGAUAAAGUUAUUGUUGCCCAAAAAGUUGUAAAAACAUUAAAAAUAUCUAAAGGUAACGGAAUAGAUGUUUUAGAAAUUACUACCAACAUACCAAACAGCUCAAAAAAUGUUCAGGCGUCUAUAAACCCUAAAUAUAUCACAUCCAAUAGUAGGUCAUCAACAUUAAUUACAGUUGAAGUCGUAUGGUUUAAAACAGGGAAGAAUGAAUUUUAUUUAAAUAUUAAAUCUUCAUCGAAUUCCUUUGAUGUACGACUGUAUGCAACAGUAAUUUAUCCUACUACUAGUAUAAUAAUUAGUGACAAUAUUAUUGAAAAUGAUGUCGGACUCGUGUAUCUUGGAAGUUCAUUUGUUUCUGUUAGCCGAGAAAAAAUUGUAUUUGUCAAAAAUAACAGUACGGAAGACAAUUGUUAUUUAAUUAUGACUGAAAAUCAAACCGAUAAAAAUGUUUUGUCUCUUGGUCAACUACAACAAAAAAACGUCUUUUUCAAACGGUACCAUGUUCAACCGACUAAUUUUCAGCUAAAACCAUUUGAAACUCAAGCAAUCAGUGUAAGGUACUGUCCAUUAGACGGAGUUGACCAUGAAAACAGUAAUCCUCGUCUUUGCCUAAAAGUGAUGAGCACAGCAGAUAACCCCUUUAACCGCUUACAUACCAUAGAUCAAAAUGGAAACUUACAAGAUUUUAUCAUGUCAAUCGAAAAAUCUCGAGCUCCAUCAAUCUUAGUAGAGGGUUACUUAUGUCACAAUACCAUUACACUGUCGUUUAAUGAAAAAUUCAAAAUUAUAAACAAUUAUGAAUCACUCAAGUUUAUAGAUAAUUUAUACAAAUUUAAUUUAUAUGGAUUUGAAGUCGAGUUCAAACACAUAGCAGCUACCUCUUUACCAGUAACAAUAAGAUUGCUGAAAGGACAAAUGGCUUCAAUGCGCCCUGAAACAAUCACGUUGAGACCAAAUGAAAAUCAAAAGCUAGACGUGCGUUUACAUACCGAAAUAAAAUUUCAAAAAAUAAUUUCAUUUGAGCUGCUCACGAAAUCUACAGUAAAAGGUGUAACAACAACAGUAAUAUUUGACACUAAAAGUUUAAAAUUAUCAAAAACAAAUUACACUAUAUCAGAGGUUAUCGACCGCAAAUGUAUACCAUUGAUUGAUCUGCCUUCAAUCAAGAAUAAUCAGUGUGAUAGAAAUAAUUUGGUUUAUCAUAAAUCUAAUCAAUUUAGUCAUUUUAAAAUAAAGUUCAAUAAGGCCCUAGUGAAUUUCGGAAAAGUAACUCAAAAGUCAUUAGGAAAACUAAAAAUCAACAGCGAACAUAUGACGACUAUUUCUAUUAUCAAUGAAAAUGAAGUCGCAACAAAUGUUAGAUGGAAUAGUAAUUACUCGUGGCUAACUGUAUUUCCUUCCAAUGCCCAAAUUUUGGCCAAUAGUGAAUAUAAAUUUGAAAUUACAUUCAAUGAAAAUAAAGCUGGUGAUUACAUCGGAUUAUUAGAAUGUAUUACUAAAGAAAAUUUAGUCAAAAGAAUAACUGUUAUUGCGUCCGUCAUUCAAAAUGAUGUAUUGACAGUCACCCCUCAAACAGUUAACUUUUCUUCGGUUAAAAAAGGAGAAGAGCAGACAACCUCUGAAUGGCGCUUUAUCAAUGUAACUAACACCUCAAAUACAGAAGUUGAAUUCAAAUGGAAAGCAGCAAAUACUUUAAACGGAGACGGAUAUCCAGAUCGUCGAAUAUUUUUUGGACAUCCCAUACGAGGUGUUAUACCUGGAAAAGUUACUGUUCGAUUUUUAAUCAGUUUUGAUCCUGAUGAACUGUUUAAAGCUCAAGUUGGUCCUUUUCAUCGUACUUUAGAACUAUGGUAUGGUGAUGAGAAAAAGUUGCUAGUACAUUGUACUUACUAUCCGAAUAGAAAUAUACGGUUUAGUGACUGCAAUACAUACCCACUGACACUCACAGAUUCUAGUGUAGGAUGGUUCAGUUGUGGUCACCUCACUUUAACUAAUAAGACGGCUGACAAUGUUCGGAUUGAUGUCGUGUCCCCCGUUUUUAGUCCACUGAUUAAAGUCACACCUUCGACAGUCAAAGUUCGACCGAUGUCAGCUACUCCUAUAGACAUAGUGAGCACGCUAACAAAAAAGGGCGUUCUGUCAUUUGCUGUUGAAAUAAAUAUUAAUGGCGGUAAAAAAACUCAAACGAUACCUUUUCUCGUAAAUGGAAUAAUACCAAAGGUAUUACUGACACCUCAAAAGUUCCAAAUAAAUGGAUGUUUAUUUGCUCGACACGUGGUCAGAUUCGCUUUAACGAAUAAAUCGUCUGCUGAAAUUACAGUGACUUUUGAUCAGUGCAUAGAUUUUAAAUGUAAAAAUAUAGAGGUGUGCAUAUAUCCUGACAAAGAUUAUCAAUGGAAAGAUUCUCAAGUGAUAAAAAAUAUAGCUAUACGACCAAAUUGUAUCAAAUGGUUACGUAUGACUUUUAAGGUAUUUAAAGUGGAUGCAGAAAACAAAGUUGAAUUAAACAUUCCAAUUGUAGUAAACAAGUUACUUUCAGAUAAUAUUUCAAAAACAACAAUCGAUAAACCAAUACAGAUGAAUACUCAGUGUUUGAACUGCAUUUUUUCAUCGAAUAAGUCAAGUUUAAUGGUAAAACCAAGCCGAGUUAUUUUUCGGAGCUUAGAAACAAAUUCAUCUUCAACUAAAGGAGAAGAAGACCGAAUAUUAAUUGUAGAAAACCUAAGCGACUCAUCGGUGUCUUUUAGUGUAAUUAAAGAUCCGUCUGAUGCGCCUUUUUAUCUAAUUGGCGAGUCUGGAGGCAUUAGUACAGUCAAGGCUAACGCAGUAACCUUCUUCCGGAUCAGAUUUUCAACAAAUACUUACGGCGUAUAUAAAUGUGCUCUUUUUAUAAAACCGACUAAUCAGCCCUAUGAAUAUACUGUUGAAGUUUACGGCGAUACAUUUGAAUGGCCGCGAUUUUCGACAGAUCUAACUCAUGUACAUUUUAUAGCUGUUCCCGUGGGGGUACAAAAUAAUCGUAGAAUACGCGUUCAGUGUUCAAGUUUGAUAUUAAAAAAGGCCAACAUUAAAGUACUAGGAAAUGUACACAACCUUGUCAGUGCCUCGUUCGUGGAUAAUAAAUCUGAAUUCAUUAAUAACUCGAUGUCUCACAUUGAUAUAUCAUUUCGAAGUGAUAACAGACCUUGUUCGUUCAAAGGAACUGUAAUUGUUACAUCAGAAAGGUGUAAGAGCGCUGUGAUAUAUGUUACAGCCACGUGUACAGCUACAGAGACUUUAAUGCUUGCAAGUUAUUUCAUGCAAACGAGAAAUUACGAAAUAUUGCAACCAAAUUCUUCGAUAUCACACUAUGAGGUUUGUUUAAAAAACUCAAAAACUAACUUAUCUUUCAUCUAUAAUUAUUGUGUACAAAGCAAUGCGGUAUUCGAUAUAUCCAACUACAUUUAUGCAACAGAUUUUUCAUGUUACAUUAAUUCUAAUUGGAUGAUAAAUUUAAAAUUCCUGGAGAAGUUUUUGUUUGGUCGAGUAUUUGGUAGUCAAAUUCGGCCAAUUUUAGGUAAUUCUCUAAUGGGUUUUGAACAAAUACUUGAACCAAUCGCUGUUCAAUUAAUAAGUGGUGCUCACCAAAUUUAUUCACAAAAGAAGUUUUCGUUUAUAAAAUGUCUUAUUUCAUUGGAAAUUAACUGUGAUAGACUUUUAAAAUUAGGGCAAUCUUUGGUGGAGUCAUGGAGUACUCCAAAAACUCAAUGCUACAUAACAAAAUUACUGAUGUUCUACAAUGCCGUCAUUGGUUACUUGAGGAACAAUGGAGCUCAAGUCGAACAUAUUCCUAUAGAAAUACUUUUGACUUACGAAGAAUUCAUAUCAUUUGCUAAGAACAAAUUAGGAUUUGCUGACGAAGAAUCUUAUGAAUUGAAACCAUUAAGUGGUAUGAUUACUAGACAAGAUUACGAACAAAUGUCAAAAAGAGCGUGGUUAGAUGUAUAUCUCUGUAUAUUAGAUUCCAUUUAUAUAAAAAAAAAAAUUCAUAAUAUUCCAAUUGAAAACAACGGAAAAGUUUGCAACAAAUCACCACUAAACAGUCCUCAAAAUAAUUCUGAAAAUGAAGACAACUUCUGUACUAAUUUAAAUGUAUACAAUGAAAUUGACAUAAUGUUAAUUAACUGGAUUAACACAGCAUUGAAUUCUCACAUUACGAGUUUAAAAGUGUCUAAUUUGAUAUUGUAUGAAAAAUAUUGUGACAAAAAGAUUGUAGAUAUUAUAGAGGAUUUGCAUGACUGUACUAUAUUGGCGAUGGUUAUUAUUUACUACAGAUCAGGUACUAGCCAUCACGGUUUAGAUGAUAUCAUAUACGAUCCUAAAACAGAAGUUGAAAUUUACCAUAAUGCAAUAACUCUAGCUUUAGCUCUAAAUAUUAUCCACUUGAGCUUUUCAGUCAAUCCUUUGGACCUAUUAGGACGAAAUUCAGCGAUACUCAAAUUAAUUUUAUUUGAACUAUACGUAACGCUCCCGAGAGAAACUGUUGUUAAGACUAUGAUUUUUAAGUGCCAGUUUACGUCUUGCCUUACAAAAUCAAUAUCAUAUCAGGAAAUGUUGGCUUUCUUAAAGCCAAGUAAAUAUUUUGUAAAAAUUGAGAAAAACAAUAAAGAAGGAUUUUCUAUUGGACAAUCCAUUAUUGACUUGAGUGGGAAUGCUUGUAAUGAUCACAAGCUUACCAUUAAAUAUACUGCAACUUUCGCACAAGAUGUCACAGCAACACUUGUUUUCGUUAAAACCAGCAUAUUCAAUAAAAGGUCUAUUAAAGUAAUAUCACUAAAAGGGCAACCUUAUGCGUUGGAUAAAGCCAUAAUAAAUAUACAAUUUUUUGCUAAAUCACUUGAGUUCACUAAACAAGAAUUUCAAGUUAUAUCGCCAUACAAAAAAAUUAAAAUACCAUUUGAUGUCCAUGUUCUACAUAAAAAACCUAAAUUAAAUGAAAUUCAAGCCUUGUGUAAUUCUAAAACAAUAGAUGUCAAUCAUAAAAAAUGUAUGGUAUUUUUUUAUUUAAGCGAAUAUCGAGUAUCUUUCUUAUCCCAAAACAAAGCUUAUAUUACAUUGAAUUGCGUAAAUUUUAACAUGAAGCCAACUACUUAUUGGAUUUGGUUUCACAAUAUAACUUACGGAGAAUUUUUCAUCAAAGUAACACAAGUGAACGUAGAUGAUUUCUGUGUUAUUAGUAAUAUUAUCAGCGAUAUUUCUAUAACGAACACAGAUUUAUGGGAAAAUAUUGAUAGAGUAUUAGAAAUGAACUUAAUUCGAAUAUAUUACAAACAAUGUAAAAAAAUGAUAAUGAGCAAUGAAGUAAAGUGGUCUUCGUCAGGCUUAAAUCUACUGAAAAUUUUUGACCCUAUCUACAAUGAAAUACCGUAUAAAACAAACCUAACUAUUAUAAGUCCAUUAGUUAAAAAUAAAGCAUUUUCUUUAAUAAAUGGAAAUCACCCCUCUAAAUGGCAUUUAGAGAAGAAAAUGAAAAGGUGA